AUCUUGCCUCGACUUUCUCAGCAACAGUCGGACUUUCAACGCAUGAAUUUCCGCUCUCACUCUCUUUCUUUGUACAUAUCACCACCAUACAUGGACGAUUUAUAGAUUCGAAUACCCCAUAUCCGAAUUCCACGUCGCGUUUGCGCAACACCUUCAAGAUGGGUAUCGUGUCCUUCAUUACAGGGCUUAUUGCUCCAAUUUUCAUAAUCAUAUCGCCCAUUACUUCAUACGCAGACCAGACAUAUUCAAUCCACCGGACAAAAUCUAGUGCCGGCUUCUCGAUGGAUAUUCCAUUGAUUAUGCUGGUAGCAUCAUUACUGAGAGUGUUCUAUUAUCCUGGCGCGAAGUUCGAUAUUUCCUUACUUAUACAGUCAUUCAUCAUGAUUGCAAUCCAAUUAGUCUUGCUGAAGGUAGCAUUGGAUCAUCGACCAUCACCGUCAUCGAAGGGAGGAGAAGCAUCCAUGCCGUUUGUAGGAGCAAGAGAAGGCGAACUGGGGGUCUCAAGACCGUACAACUUUUGGCAAUGGCGAUCGCCGAAGCCAUACUGGCAGUUUCUCCUCUACCUAUUCAUUGGCCUCACAGUCUUCGAGCUUCUCCUUUCCCCGAUUCCUUCAUUAUACUCACUAUACUCCGCCAGUCUUGGCAUCAUCGGUCUCUCGAUCGAAGCGACCCUCCCGCUCCCGCAGAUUCUUGCCAACUACAAGGCGCGAUCGUGUAAGGGUUUCCGUUUGUCAGUACUUGCGAGCUGGAUAGCGGGUGACAUUAUGAAAAUGUUCUGGUUCUUUACGGCUACCAGUGAGAUUCCGUGGACAUUCAAGCUCUGCGGAAUCUUCCAGAUGUGCUGCGAUUUGUUUCUUGGUGGCCAGUAUUGGGUGUAUGGAGACAAGGGAGAACCUGUAAUCAAGGAACAUGAGAUGGGAAUGAGGAUGAAUGGACUUGCACAUCCUCAUGCACAUUCCACCGGAAUGAGAACGCCAGUGGGCGAGAAAGAUGUGAGACUGGGGUAGAUAAUUGUUUGUUUGUAUAGACCAAAGACUUUGUAACUGAACCCCGCUUUGGCGUAGUGGACGACUCGAGAUUUCCACACCUUCGCUCCUCGUUCUGUUUGAUCUCGAUGACACGAUCGGCCGGAUUCCAGCGCCUUCUUCCCGUCUGACUGCGAUAUCCCUCGUAGAUUCUGCUUGAAAGGCAACUAUCCCGAAGAUUCAAGGUCCUUGAGUACCUGUCCUUGCAAAAUCAAUUGCCACAAAAAGAUGUUGGCUCUUCGCGAUAGGCUGGCUGGCCCUCCAAAUCGGCAUCAUAUAUCACAUUUCGAAGCCACGGACCGAGAGAUCUGUGCGACAGCCCGAAAAAAACAAACAAGCUGCAAAUUUCAAGAUAAGAGUAAUUGAUAGGUGCGCGGAGCCAGGCAAGGGAAUUUGUGAGAAGAGGGAUGUGGAGGUUGGUGUUUUUGGGAGCCUGUCGAGGUUCUCGCGUAAUAUGCAU